AUGAAACUAUUAAAACAAUCAAAAGAAAAACUUAGAGUAUUAAAUCUUGAACCAUGGAAUUUUAGAAAUUCAUCAACAACAAUAAUGACACCAUCAUCACCAAUCCAAAAUUGUCUGAAAGAGGAAAUCUUAAAAGGUUCAUUUGAAGAACUAGAUCAGGAUAAUCCAUUAUGCUCAAAUAUUUUAGACGUAUCUGAUCCAGAUUCAUGGUUAAAACCCUUUUUUAAUGAUGAUGAAUGGAAUGAAUUAUCAGAUAUCAAUUCAGAUAUGGGUUUGUUAAGAAUUACUGAAGAACAUCAAUGA